AUGAAGGCUCUGGGUAUAGAUAACAUUUGGAUUCCCCCUGGGUGCAAGGCAAUGAACCCGUCUGGCAAUGGGUACGACAUCUACGACCUCUACGAUCUCGGCGAGUUCGACCAGAAAGGGUCUCGGGCGACAAAAUGGGGAACCAAGGAAGAAUUACAAAGCUUUGCUUCUCGCGCACAAGACUUGGAUAUUGGAAUCUACUGGGAUGCUGUGCUCAACCACAAAGCUGGGGCUGACACCACGGAGCGGUUCCCAGCAGUCAAAGUGCAUCCACGAGACCGGAAUCGAAACCUCUCACCAGCAAAAGAGAUUGAGGGCUGGGUAGGGUUCAAUUUUCGUGGUCGUGGCGAGCAGUAUAGCUCAAUGAAGUAUCAUUGGGUUCAUUUUACCGGCGUCGACCGGGAUGAUUCCCGAAAAGAAGAGGCAAUCUUCAAGAUCAGCACCCCUAACAAAGACUGGGCUGCGGACGUUAGUGAGGAAAAUGGCAACUAUGAUUACCUCAUGUUUGCGAACCUCGACUAUUCCAACCAAGAGGUGCGAGAUGAUGUUCUCCGUUGGGGCAAUUGGAUCACCACCCAGCUGCCUCUCAGAGGCAUGAGAUUGGAUGCAGUGAAGCACUACUCGGCCGCAUUCCAGAAGAGUUUUAUCGAGACACUUCGUGGCGGCCCUUUAGGGGAGAAGUUCUUUUUCGUUGGAGAAUAUUGGAAGGGCGAAACCGACAUCCUGCUUAGUUAUCUGGAACGCAUGGAUUUCCAGCUCUCACUGUUCGACGUCCCUCUCCUUAACCGGUUCUCUGUCACUUCACGUACUGAAGGGGCCGAUAUGCGGCAAAUAUUCGAAAACACUCUUGUCCAGAAGAGCCCUGAGCACGCUGUUACAUUCGUCGCGAACCAUGACACGGUAAGCUUGUUUGUCAAUGAUGCUCUGGUGGCGGUUAAUUCGAAUACAUUGAAGCAACCAGGACAGUCACUCGAGACUCCCAUCGCGCCAUUCUUCAAACCACUUGCAUACGCUUUGAUCCUUCUUCGAGCCCAGGGACAACCCUGCGUUUUCUAUGGAGACCUCUACGGCAUUGUUACGGACAAUAAGCGCCCCUCCGAACCUCCAUACGCUCGCAGUCUUUCAGUUCUCAUGCAGGCACGCAAGCUGUAUGCAAAUGGGGCGCAGAGGGACUACUUUGACAAGGCAAACUGCAUUGGCUUCGUCCGUUAUGGAAACUCCCGCCAUCCGCAUGGUCUUGCUUGUAUCAUGAGCAACGCAGGCCGAGGUCGGAAGCGCAUGUUUAUCGGCCGUAGCCAUUCUGGGGAAUGCUGGACAGAUAUCCUAGAGAACCGAGCAGAAAAGGUUACGAUUAAUAGGAAGGGUUACGGGACGUUUCCUGUUGCAGCGCAAAGUGUGAGUGUCUGGGUGAAUUAUUCGACAGAGUGUAGGGAGAAUCUUCAUAAAUCUCUCGAUGAUAACAUUUAUAGUCAUUAA